AAAAGAGAGUUUAGGAAAACAAAGAAACUUGUGAUGUGGAGCUAGCUGUUAAAAUUUCUGCUAGUGAAAACUUGCAGAGUCAGUGAGGCAGCAAGCAGAAAUCCUGGCAAGGACGAUGUCGGUAGUGCCUGGUAAUUUAUCUCUCAAUGGGACAGGCUUCUUCACUGAAAAUCACAGCAUUAUGGAUAAGCCUAGUGAGCAGAGAACUUUGAAUGUCCUUCUGUUCUGCUUGACUUUCAUCAUCACGUUCGCAGCACUGCUGGGCAGCAUUUGCUGCCUGGUUUUCCUGCUGAAAAUGCAGAAAAAAAGCACGGUGGCAAUGAUCGUGGCCUCGCUGUCAAUAGAUGAUUUGAUCAGCAUCGUGCCAGUGAUUAUCUUCAUGCUCGCCCAGUGGUCAAAUGAUGUGCUCCCCCAGCCUCUGUGCACUGCCUCGGCGCUUAUCUAUUUAUUCCAGGGUAUUUCUAGCAAUCUGAAGGUGUCUCUUAUAGUUUCUUACAACUUCUACGCCGUCAACAGAAGUGUGACGAUGAGCCGCAGCACUUCCAGGCGGCCAGUGAGCAUGACAUGGGCCAUUCUCACCGCCUGGCUCGUCAGCCUGCUCAUCUGCAUCCUGCCUCUCUGUGGCUGGGGCAGCUACCUCCCCACCUCCUGGGGCUGCUUCCUUGACUGUGCCAGCUCCUACGUCCUGUUUUUAUUUGCUGUCUACUCACUGUGCUUUUGCCUCCUCACGGUGCUUUCGGUCCCUCUAACUUACCAGCUGUUGUGCUCAGACGAGCAGCAGCAAUUGUACAUUGAUUACCAGGAAAUCUCCGGAGGCUACGUCAGCCCCGCGACAGGCUGCAGUGCCGCUACCCCGUCGCUGUCGCCGGAGGACCCUGUGGAUAAAACCCUGAAGCACUUGGAGCAGGAGGAGGCGCCCGGGCGGCCAGGCGUGGCGGGGCGCUGCGGGGGCAGCGCGCUGAGCAGGAGCGGCGCCGUGGCCUUCGCCCAGAAGCGCUUCUCGCUCAUCCUCGCCUUGACAAAGGCCGUUCUCUGGCUUCCCAUGAUGAUACAGAUGGUUGUCCAGCACAUCGUCGGUUUUCGAAACCUCUCGUUCGAGACCCUUAGCUUUCUGCUGACUCUGCUGGCUGCCACGGUGACGCCGGUGUUUGUCCUGUCGGAGCACUGGAUCCACCUGCCCUGCGGCUGCAUCAUCAACUGCAGGAGGAACGUGUACGCUGUGUCUUCGGAGGAGCUCAAGACCAAACGGCGAGGCUUUGAGUUCAGCCUGUCUUUCCAGCAAGGUUACGGAAUCUACAGGAUAUCCCAUGAAAGCCGCCCCCAAGCAGCUGGCGCCAAAUCGCUGUCGUGUCACAACCUGGUGAGCGCCGACUGCGGCGCCUGCGGGGAGCCCCGGGCCCCGGCCCCGGCGGGCCCCGGCGCGGAGCAGCACCGCGAGCGGCUGCUCCCUGACCGCUCAGGCGGUGCCUUAGCUAUUCCUCUGUGUGCGUUCCAAGGAACUGUGUCUCUGCAGGCACCCACGGGAAAAACCCUCUCUUUAUCUACCUACGAGGUAAGCACUGACGGGCAAAAAAUAACACCCACGUCCAAGAAGAUUGAAGUAUAUCGCUCUAAGAGUGUUGGUCAUGAGCCAAACCUGGAGAAGUCGCCAAAUACGUUUGCUGACACAAGUGUUAAAAUUCAUUUAGAGGUUCUUGAGAUUUGUGACAAUGAAGAGGCCCUGGAUACCGUGUCCAUCAUCAGUAAUAUCAGCCAGUCCUCCACACAGGUUAGGUCUCCAUCCUUACGGUAUUCACGGAAAGAGAACAGGUUUGUUUCGUGUGAUUUAGGGGAAACUGCCUCCUACUCACUCUUCAUACCAUCCAACAACCCUGACAGCGAUAUUAACAUAUCAAUUCCAGACACCGUCGAAGCUCAUCGGCAGAACAGUAAAAAGCAACAUAUGGAAAGAGAUGGUUAUCAGGAAGAAAUACAAAUGUUGAAUAAAGCAUACAGAAAACAUGAAGAAGAAGGCAACAACAAUUAAAAGACAUUUAAUCUAGACAUUUAAACGGAUUUAACGGACACUGCUCCUCUUGACUCAAGUU